CGGCGCCGCGCACGCGCGUCCCGGCCUCCCCUGCGCGCCGACGCUGGGCUUCCUGGUCCUGGGCGCUGCGGGCUUAUUCGGAUUCCGAGGGAUUGCAGAGCGAUCCUCCUCCUGCCUUCCGGGCCCGACCUUCCCGGGCGCCAUGGAGCCCCGGGCGGUCGUGGAUGCCGUGGAGACUGGGGAGGAGGACGUGAUUAUUGAAGCUCUGAGGACAUACAACCGGGAGCACUCCCAGAGCUUCACGUUUGACGAUGCCCAGCAGGAAGACAGGAAGAGACUGGCGGACCUGCUGGUCUCGGUCCUGGAGCAGGGCUUGCCACCUUCCCACCGUGUCACCUGGCUGCAGACUGUGCGCAUCCUGACUCGGGACCGCCGCUGCCUGGACCCAUUCACCAGCCGCCAGAGCCUGCAGGCACUGGCCUGUUACGCUGGCGUCGCUGCCUCCGAGGGGCCCAUUCCAGAGGCCCUCGACAUGGAUGUUGUCCUCGAGUCCCUCAAGUGCCUGUGCAACCUCGUGUUCAGCAGCCCCGUGGCGCAGAUGCUGGCGGCAGAGGCCCGGCUGGUAGUGAGGCUGGCAGAGCGCGUGGGGCUGUACCGCAAGAGGAGCUUCCCGCACGACGUCCAGUUCUUCGAUCUGCGCCUCCUCUUCCUGCUCACCGCGCUCCGCACAGACGUGCGCCAGCAGCUCUUCCAGGAGCUGCACGGGGUGCGCCUGCUGGCCGACACGCUGGAGCUGACCCUGGGGGUGACUCCUGAGGAGAGUCCCCCCGACGUCCUUCCCCCUGAAGAGACAGAGCGGGCCAUGGAGAUCCUCAAGGUGCUCUUCAACAUCACCUUCGACUCCAUCAAGAGGGAGGUGGAUGAGGAAGACGCUGCCCUUUACCGGUACCUGGGCACGCUCCUUCGGCACUGCGUGAUGAUCGCCGCUGCUGGAGAGCGCACAGAGGAGUUCCGCGGCCAUACAGUAAACCUCCUGGGGAACUUGCCCGCCAAGUGUCUGGAUGUCCUCUUCACCCUGGAGCCCCACGAAGGCUCCUUGGAGUUCAUGGGCGUGAACAUGGAUGUGAUCGGCGUUCUCCUGGCCUUCCUGGAGAAGCGCUUGCACCAGACGCACAGACUGAAGGAGGGUGUGGCUCCCGUGCUGAGCGUGUUGACGGAGUGUGCCCGCAUGCACCGCCCGGCCCGGAAGUUCCUGAAGGCCCAGGUGCUGCCCCCCCUGCGGGACGUGAGGACCCGGCCCGAGGUGGGGGAGCUGCUACGGAACAAGCUCGUCCGCCUCAUGACGCACCUGGACACAGAUGUGAAGAGGGUGGCCGCGGAGUUCCUGUUCGUCCUGUGCUCUGAGAGCGUGCCCCGAUUCAUCAAGUACACGGGCUACGGGAAUGCCGCCGGCCUCCUGGCUGCCAGGGGCCUCAUGGCAGGAGGCCGCCCCGAGGGACAGUACUCGGAGGAUGAGGACACAGACACUGACGAGUACAAGGAAGCCAAAGCCAGCAGCAUAAACCCAGUGACCGGGAGGGUGGAAGAAAAGCUGCCCAACCCUAUGGAGGGCAUGACGGAGGAGCAGAAGGAGCACGAGGCCAUGAAGCUGGUGAACAUGUUUGACAGGCUCUCCAGGCACAGAGUCAUCCAGCCCAUGGGGAUGAGCCCCCGGGGCCACCUGACGUCACUGCAGGACGCCAUGUGCGAGACCAUGGAGGGCCAGCUGUCCUCGGAUCCUGACUCGGACCCUGACUGAGGGUGGCAGCUCUUCUGCUCCCACUUGAGAACUGGUGCUGCUUUCAGAGACGUCCCUGGGGCUGUCACCCAGGGAGGCCACCUCCCACCAGCCACAUGGCUCCACGCCUAUCUCCAGCUUGGGGGCCCUUCUCUGCUCCAGAGUGCUGUUCUUGA